UGUUUCACAGAAUAGGGAACACUGCUGUCUGUAUAUGACGGCACAAACAAAACCAAUAGGUACUGUCACUGUAAUGUGAAGAAAUGUCACACUCCUGGUUAGCAGGGAGUGACAAAAGUUUCUGGUAGUGCUACAGUUAUAGUUCAGAUGAUAGAAGGAAGUGCUCACUAGCUGAAAAUAGGCUGAGCUGAAGUGCAAACACAUCUGACAGAGACUAACAGACCAUGAACACUCAGCUGUGUAACAAGGAUCUAUAGUCUCACCAGCCAUAGUGGUGUUACUCUGACUAUGUAAGAAAUAUAGAUUUUGACUGAAUCAUGUCAGAACCCAUACUAGAAGAAAAGUUCAUAAAACGAUCUCAGCAGAAGAAGAAGACCUCCCCCUUAAACUACAAGGAGAGAUGGUUUAUUCUCACUCAGGAGAAAAUAUCCUACUAUGAUUAUGAUCCUGACAAAGGGAAGCGAAAAGGUUUAAAGGGAUCAGUUGACCUUGAGAAGAUCAAAUGUGUAGAGACAGUCCAGCCGGAGCCCAACGCCCCACAAGAGCGCAUGUAUGCAUUUCAGAUCAUUUAUGAUGAGGGGCCGCUGUACAUCUUUGCGAAGAAUGAAGAUAGUCGGGCCCUGUGGAUAAAGAAGUUGAAAGAAAUGGUGCGCUUCAACAAGGAUCUGAUGCAGAAGUAUCACCCUUGUUUCUGGGUGGAUGGGACAUGGCUGUGCUGCCAGCAGGAAGUUAAACAAGCUAUGGGAUGCAAAGUGCUGGAUAGUAAGAACGGCUUUACAUCUAAACCAUCUCGGCGAAGGGGAUCCAGGAAACCUCUCCCUCCUACUCCAACAGAGGAGAAGCCUGGCCGGCCUUUGCCUCCACAGCCGCCUGAGCGUUCUGGCCCCUCUGUAGGUAUGACUGUUAUGGCAGAGUAUAAUUACGCACCUACGACGAACCAGGACCUGGAGCUGAGGAAGGAUGAAGAGUACACCAUCCUUGAGAUGUCUAACACAAACUGGUGGAGAGCCCGGGACAAAUAUGGAAAUGAAGGAUACAUACCGAGUAAUUAUGUAGUGGAAGCAGAAAAUGGGUUAGAAAGAUUUGACUGGUAUUGCAAGAAUACAAACCGUAGCCAGGCAGAAAAGCUACUGAAGACAGAGAACAAGGAUGGAGGGUUCUUGGUACGAGACUCAAGCAAGGCUGGGAAGUACACUGUGUCUUUGUUCACCAAGGGUGGCGGGGAAACUGGUGGAAGUUGCAGACAUUAUAACAUCUGCACCACUGCACAAGGACAGUUUUACCUGGCAGAGAAGCAUAAUUUCAGCACCAUCCCAGAACUUAUCAACUACCACCAGCAUAAUGCUGCAGGUAUGGUUAGCAGGCUGAAAUACAUUGUAUCUAACCGGACGCGGCCUCCAUCAACAGCAGGUCUUGGCUAUGGUGUAUGGGAGAUUGACCCCCGUCACCUCACCUUCAUUAAGGAGCUGGGUACUGGUCAGUUUGGAGUGGUGAAGUAUGGAAAAUGGCAGGGCAAGCAUGAUGUGGCCAUUAAGAUGAUUAAAGAAGGCUCCAUGUCAGAGGAUGAUUUCAUAGAAGAAGCCAAAAUCAUGAUGGAGCUUCACCAUGAGAACCUGGUUCAGCUGUAUGGUGUCAGCACAAAACAGAGACCCAUUUAUAUAGUGACUGAAUACCUUUCCAAUGGCUGCCUGCUGACCUACCUCAGGGAAGGCCUGAAGCAGCACCCAACGGCCGUGCAGCUCCUAGAGAUGUGUAAAGAUGUCUCUGAAGGCAUGGCCUAUCUCGAGACCAAGCAAUACAUCCACAGAGAUCUGGCUGCCAGGAACUGUUUAGUAGAUGCCAAUGGUUCCGUCAAAGUGACUGACUUUGGACUUUCAAGGUAUGUCUUAGAUGAUGAGUACACAAGCUCUGCAGGCUCAAAAUUCCCGGUUCGUUGGUCGCCUCCCGAGGUUCUCCUCUACUGCAAAUUCAGCAGCAAGUCAGACAUCUGGGCAUAUGGGGUUCUAAUGUGGGAGGUGUACACUUUGGGACAACUUCCAUAUGAACGCCUAAACAACACGGAAAUAGUGGAACAAGUGUCCCGAGGCCGGCGCCUCUUCCGCCCCCAGCUGGCCAAUGAAAAGGUCUACAGCAUCAUGUCAAGCUGUUGGCUUGACAAAGCGGAUGAGAGACCCACCUUUCAGGAGCUGGCAUUGACUGUACAGGAUUUGUUGUAUGAGCUCCAGUAGACCUCAAAAUCACACACACAUACACACAAACACACGCAUACACACACACACACACACACACACACACACACACACACACACACACACACACACAAACAUCAACAGUUCUCUACAGUCCUCACAGAGCAACAUCUCCAUGUGUCCCUGGAGGGUGAACACAAUCUUUUAGAACCAGUUGAACUGAGGUCCUCUAUAAUGUGAAUAUGUGUAAUGUGAAUGUCACUGUAACUCACUGUUUUGAAUAACCUACUAGCACAUUAUAACAAAUACAGUCGCUAUCCUAAAGAGUAGCUUUUAAAAUUUGUAUAUUUUAUUGAAGUUAAAUUGAUUAAAAGAUUAUUGUAUCUAUCUUUAUUGUAUUAUGUGGAAUCAUUGUGGAAUGUAUAUUUCUGUAUGUUGAACCAAGCUUUGUCAAAGCAUAUCUGUUGCACAAAUAAAAGCCAAGUUAGCCAGG